AUGUUUCACUCCGUUGCUCUUUUCGCUCUUUUCGCCUUGACAAGUUCUGUGUCCGCUAUUUACUCGAACAAUACUGCCUUCACCACUACCACUUUAGCGCCCAGCUACUCCUUGGAGCCCCACGAGACUACCAUAUCGUACGCUGACGACACCACCACUUUUUUCGUCACUUCAACGGUGUACUCCACGAACUGGUUCACUUCAACUUCGGCCACCAUCACCAAUGCGGCCACCUCCUCGGCUUCUGGAUCGGCAGCACCAGAAUACACCCAUGAAAUUACCUCCACCUCGACCAUCACGUCCACUUUGCUGCUAACCCUUCAUGACACCACUACCUUGGCUCCAUCAUCUACUGCAGUCAGUGUCAGUGAUGAGGAUUCGAACAACAAGGAUGCGAAGGUUAGGUCCAUUGACCAGGCUUCAACUUCUAACGGUUGUGUCCCAAUCACAAAGUUUGUCACUGUGACCAAUGAGCCCGUUACACAGUACGUUACAGUCACCCCAAAUACGACUACUCAAUAUGUUACUGUCACCGGCGCACCCUCAGUUACCACUACCUCUCCAGGUAACGUACAAUGGUACAACACUACCUCGAUUACUAAUUCGACCAGUUGGUGA